AUGUCAGGCGGGCACUUCGGCUUCCCGGACAACACAGGUGCAGGCCCUGCAGACCUCCACGCCACCAUGGACCUAGGCUAUGGUGGGGUCGGAAACCUUGUGGAGGAUGCCCUGAUCGAGCCGACAACACGAUCGCAUGCCCCGCCAGGAAACCCCGCAGCUGCCUCGGGGCGCCGGUGGGCUCUGAAAAGGGCGACAGACCCGGCGGCCUCCAGGCCAUCCAAAAGUCCCAGGCGGAGCGAUCCCCUUUCGGACAAUGUUGGCACGGCCGAAGGGUCUUCGACGCCAUGGCCCAGUGCUGCCACAGGUCGAUCGCCGCUGGGCCACAAGCCAACGCCUCUGUCCAGGCCAGGGGAUCUCAAGACCCAGCUGGAUGCAAGCGCCGACCCAUCUAUGCCGAACCCUACGGAGCCUACUGGAACCCCUGGUGCAGCGCCGGUGCCAGUGGAACAGAAGGACUCGGCUCAGGGCGAACUGGACUGGGUGGAGACGCAAAGAUCGUGGCUCCAAUCCUGGAUCGCUGUGGUGCAACGCUUGGCAGCUCAGGGUCGCGACCUGGUAGGGGACGUGCCCCAACCGCCGGACCAAGCGGCCCUUCCGGGGCGUCCAGCCACCGAUGCAGAAAUCUCAAGUUUCCAUGGCAUCGCAGAGGCCAUCUGGAAAACUUUGCUGGAGCAUGCGCAAGACCCCGACUCGGUCACUGGCCCUCGCAUCCUAAACAUGGUGCAGGAUGUCCAACACUUGGGGGGGAUGGUGCAUUCCCAGCCUGUCUUGGUUAUCUCUUGCAGGCAGGGAGUCAUUGCGUUGGCGCACCUCCUCAACUCGCGGAUUCUGGGUCUGGACGGCUUCGCUCCGCAGACGCUGCAGGAGUGGGCAAACCCCCACGAGGUGCUGGGACGUGGCUUGACACCGCAUGGGCACCUCGCUACGGGCAAGACGGACGACGAAGCAGAAGCCGUGCUCCUCGACCAGGACUGUAAAGGCAUUGCCCUGCUUUGGCUGAUUGCCUCUGCACAUGUUGCUGACUGCCGUGCGCCACCAUACCCUGCUUCGGUUCAUGGCACGGUUACGGGCGCUCCUACACCUGCUGCAGCUACCAACUGGCCUGUUGAGUCCACCUCUCUGGUUCAGGUGACGCAUUCCCGGCGCUUUCGAGGGGACUCUAUCCUCGCCGUGCAACCGGUGCCCCGGGUGCAGCAUCUACAUGAGCUUGAGAUUCCCAUCAUGCACCCGGCAGCCGGGGCGGAUAACCCGCAUGCUGCUGGUCCCAACCACCUCCGUCCAGUGGCGGUUUUCGUGGCUGGGCAUCAAGCCGGGGUGCCCACUACGGUCGCAGUGGACGUGCGACUGCACGGCAUGCAGAUGCAUCGGGUCUUGCUCCAAUUGCUCGGGUUGUCAUUCCAGCUUUGGCAUGUUCAUGAGCUGCAGACCUUGCUACCCAGCCUGCCUCCUGAGCAGGUCGUGGUCGUGCCGAAUGAAGUUGCAUGGAACCAAGCUUGCAUCCCAGUUGAUCUGUGUGCACUUGGCGGGGGGUAUUCAGUUGUGCGAGGACCGCGUCAGCAGCUUGCGAGCUACUUCCUUGUAGCUGCAGCCCGGAGUCAAGACCUCCCACUCGAUCUGGGCCGCACUGUUUGCCUCACCAGGCAUGGGUUCUUUGAUCCUAGCUGCCAAGCCCUUUUGCUUCACGGUAACGACGCCUUGCAAGCUCUUCCGGUGUAUGAUGUGGAGUAUAGCCUGGAGCCACCCACUUCAAGCACGACGUCACACCGUCUGGCGCUCAGCUCCUCCAGCGUGCCAUCACAGGGCCUGGACGACCUCCCCAAUCCAUGGCAACGGGCAGCGGUUAUCACCCUCAAUGGCCUUGUCUUUUAUGACACGGAUCCGUUUCAGGAUCGGGAAGGGUUAUUGCGGUCCGCCUACUUAGCAGUUGAGGAUACCACCCCUAUCUUCCUGCUUCGCGUCUACCCUCCCAUGCCAGGACUACCGCCAGUCCAGUUUGUGCAAGCCAUAGCAUCCGCAUGGCAAACCACUUAUGUUGUUGAUGCAAGGCCCGUUGGAGGCGAAAUCAACAUCGUCUACCUGGGGCCGCGGGCACCGGUGCGCGAUGUCCUCCUGCAGCUGCCCACAUAUCGGAGUGUUGGCCCUGUUGGCUCGGACAUUGUUGCACGCAUCCGUGAGGGAGAGCUACGUGCCCUCUUUCGAGAAGCUGAGGUUGGUGUUGACACUGCCUUGCCAGGCCAUGCACCCUUGGCUAUCCUCAUCGCACCCGGUAGGGCGCAAAGCCUGCCAGCGGAUCCUGAUCGUGCUUCUAGGGCCGUGCCUGCACCGAAUGGCCGUCUGGAAGUGGUGUACCAUGAUGCAGCCACGCACCUCCGGGUACAACAGACCAUUCUGUCAGGCUUUGAGGGCGACUUCAUGCCGAUUGUCACAGGGUUCGGCUCGCUGUUCCAUUCGGUUGAGCUCCGCGUCUGCUUGUGGGCGCCGGACGAUUUCGAGGAGUUCAAGUUCCCAGGCUCGGCCUCUCGGAAUCUCCUCAUGUCACGGCUCACUGAGACUGCCAGAAGAUGGGGCAGGGGCAAUGUGGUGGCUGCCUCCUUUGCACCCAGUGCACUGGCCAUUCAUUUUGUGGCUGUGACCACAGAACCCGGGAUUCGCACGGUCCUUUUUACCACAGGUACCAACUGCGCCUGCCUCGAUGUCGAGAGAGACCCUCCGCGAGACUCUCUCCUGCGGCUCUGCUCCGACCGCCUGAAGUCAGACUGUAUCCGUCUGCUGCCUAUGCCAACGCCUCUCCGGCAUGGGGAUGUAGUUAGGGUUGAGGCUGAUUUUGACUUCAACGGGGCCGAUGUUAGUCGAUUUCUGCUUUACGCGGAGAGCCUGAGCCCAUCCCGCUGGCUUGCAUCACCGGCUUACAGGCAGUUGGUCGUGCUCGGAAAACGAAAUGGGGUUUCCAUCCUGCAUGAUGCUGACCUCUCCCGAUCGGCCUUCUGCGCCGCCGAGGAAUGGGUACGCGAAUGUCUCGGGGCCAGGCCUGUUGUGCGGGAAGUUCCUGAGCUCUCUGGAUUGCUUGGAUUUCCCUGCUUUCAGUCAGUGCGCAUCGGGCACACCAAUGCUGUCCUCUGGCUACACGACCACUUUGGCUCCGGUGACACUGGUCUGGCCUUUGCGGUAGAGGGCACCUUCUCGUCUGCUGUGGAUGUUUUCGAGGCUUGUGCAAGAUCUUCCUCCACUGCCAGAGCAGUCUGCAGCAUAGUGUCUAAUGCAGACCUCCGCACGGUUCGCACUGUCCAUGGGGUGUUUGCCGAUGCCAGUAACACCCGCACAUUGUAUGUGCAGAUGGCUUUUGAUCUGCAGGCACUCCCAGGAGGUUGCUUUUCUGUCUUCCGGCAGCGGGCCACCCUCAUUGGCUCACGGGCCAAGUCGGGCCGCGACCUCCAGGUCCUCCACUGUGACGAACAGGACGUGACCUGCGUCAUUAGGUGCGGCCCACACAUGCAAAUCUGGGCAUUGAACGUUGAGGGCAUUUGGCUUAGUGCUUGCACUGCUCAUUUGUCCUGGGAAGCAAUUGCGUCUGUCGGGGGAGCUUCAUCUUGGGACAUUGCUGAUCUUACGGUUGCCUCCGGGCAGCUUUGGUGGAGGUACCCGCAGAAUUUGGAGGACGCGUCGGGGAAGUGCUUGCACCUGCAUCAAUCGUGCGCUCCAUGUUUUGCUAAUCCGUCUCCCCCGCCUGCCCCGGUGUUGACCGGGACCGCCUUCGGCCUGGUCAGUGCCCUCUCUGCCGGCAAGUUCUCGUGGUGGCUCCCUGUCCUGUGGGCCUUGUCAGCGGAAGCCAGGCCGGGACAUCGUGCAGCCACCUCAUCCGAGGGAUCGGCUAACGAUAGCACCAGUGAUGGCAAUGCGUCCUUCCCCGUCUCCACGGUUGCCCUUGAGGACCAGCACGACCACUGCUACGAUCCGCCACAAGGCUGGGCUAUGCAAGCCUCGAUUGCCGCAGGAAAUUUCCCGGUGGAGGCCGACCGGCUGUAUGGAUGGCUGUGUUCCCUCACUCAAGAAGCACAUGACAUCCGUCUUUGGGGGUUUCGCCCCGAGCAACAUGACUUGUAUGUCGCUUGCGACACGGAUCCCUUCACUCUCGAGUUGAUUGCUGUCCCCAGGGGUCAAGGCUACUGGUGGAUUGUCCGGGACCUGCUCAGUCGAGAACUUUUGCGGCCAGUUGCUAGGCUCCCAUGCGCGGGAUGCCUUAUUGCAGCCACUGUGAAUUCUGCCGGAGAGGUCAAUGCUUUGGCCCAUCACAGCCGUAUUGCCGUCUGCCACUCCCUCCCGCAGGGCUGCCGUGCCACUGUUGUCAACCCUGUGGACGGCUUCACAGGUGUGCUUGGGCCUGCCGGACUAGUCCUUACAGCAGGGCUGGCUGGGCCGCGCGGUUGGCCUGUCUGGGCACUCCUCCUGACGGCUACCGUCACCUUGGCACAAGCUCAUGUCUCGGCCCCGGGCGUUGGUUGGACCAUGCCCUUCUGGGCAUCCUGGGGCCGCACCUCUGGUGGGCCACUAGGUACCCUUGCCAUGCAACAGGCUCAGCUUGCCCCGGCCAGGGUAUAUACGGCCAUCCGCAUCUGGGUUGUUGACCACUCUUCUCCCAUGUACUUAGCGGGACCACCAUGGCCUUCAGAGGAAGAGAUCCACAAUAUUGUCCAGCUUUGUGGGUACGGGGUUGCUAAGGGGACUUUAGUGGCUGUACGGAGCCCGCCUGGACAAACUGUCUAUGAAGCAAUCUAUGCUCCGGCCCACUUCACCUCCGCUGGGAUCUCAGUCUGUUUGGUGCAGCUUGAAGGUAGGGCGGCAGUCUUCUCCUUCGAGUCAUCCUUGUUUGAUUGGGGCGUCUUUGCUCGUUGGUUCCGUGACACGUUCCGGGAGGACCAUGCACAUCCGCAAGCCCUAUCCUUCCGCAUUGGUAACUGUGGCUACACUUUUGGUCAGGCUGUGCAAGUUCGCAAUGGGGAACACCUUGUGCUUGCUGAGGCCCGCCAACAGUACACUUCUUACCUUCCCCCUCCUGACCCGUGGUCGCAAGACUCAGCCCUUCUGCCGCACCCACAUCUGCUGCAAGCGGGCCCCCUUCGAGAAGCGCCUCUUGUCGCGCUACUGACGCAGCCCACGGUGAGCCCCGGCAAUGUCUUCCACAAGCGGGGACAGGAGCUUUCCAGGGACAUCAGGCAGCGCAGGCUCCCGCGCCAGUGCUUCCAGGGAAGCAAGACCAUUCUGGCGCAACACAAGGCGUCCUGCUUAGCCUUUGCGCAGUCAUUGUGGUUGCUGCCCCAGAUGGGGCUGCCCCAGAACGCAGCCGCUCCAGAUCAGCUGACCCUGCGCCUGCUCAGUUGUGCUCCUUGCGAGACGACGCUCAGGGCCGUCCUCUCGGCUCCACCGGACACCUGCGUCAUGCACACCGGUUGGAGCAUUUCCCUGGGUCCCCUGCCGCUGCGGCCGUGGCCGAUGAUGACAGAGCCCGCACGACGGUUCCGGGCCCUACAGGCGCUGAUGGCGUGGUCCGUUCUGCUUCGAGUCGCGACAUCCUGCAGUUGCAACAUGCCCUUCUACAUGGGUGUCCCGGGGUUGAAGUUGCUACGGCAAUUGAUCUUGACCACCUUCGGGUGCCGAUUCGGAUUCAUAGCCCCUUCUCCCCCGGUUCACCUGCCCCGCUCCAGCUGCCACCGGUGGGUAAUGGCUGCUUUCCACCAUGGCGCCUUCUCCAAGAUUACGCCCGCCUGCAUGGGUGGACGUCAUGUCACGGUGGUUGAGGCUGAGGCCUCCUGCACACACUCCUUUGGACGGGCGGAUCGUGACAGGAUCCUGUGGGCGGAUGGGUAUGCGCCGGUCUGGCCCUCCCCGGUUGCUUGUGAACUGGCUGUUGUCCCCACUCCGCCGGACCCAACUACCGUGUGCAUCGUGGCACGGGUUUGGCAUGCCACUGUGGCCCUUCUGCUACCACGGGUAGUCACUGUGGAAUGGCUGCUGCGGACGCUGCGCCAUGCCUUCGGGAGACAUGCCCUUACACUUACGCUCCCGCCGCAGCUUAGACGGCAGGCUACUGCGGCUACGUCCUACAUUCAGCUCCGGUCCGGUGACUAUGUCCUUGCCAUCCCUGAGACAGCACGGCCUGGCACAACCGCCACAGACGAUGAGUCUUUUGUGCGCCACGCGGUUGCCUGGAACUUGCCUUUUCAGAUCCUCACUCCGAUCCGACUGCGGCUCUGGAGACCGGGGCAAUCCAUGCCGCAGCAGCUCGAACUACCUCAAGGUGAUACGUGGGAUCCGGACUUCUUGUCCUUUGCUUCGUUUUCUCGGGCUCAUGUUGCUGGCUCCUGGGUCCCUGUCCCCUGGGUCAGCGACGAAAUCCCCAAUAUGGUGUGCACUGCGAGCCAUGGGCGAGAAGUGUUGGGCCUUCAUAUCCAUGCCGACCGGCCCAUCGCUCUCCGCGACGGUGACAUCAUCAUUAGUGCACCAGCCACCCCCACCUCGUCGGACCCUGAGACUGCGGCCUUGACAAAUGCCAUGAGCGGAGCUGACUCCAGCUCGGUCUGCAAACUCGUACCACCUCUUGGGGUUGCCCUUUGCAGUCUCAUCCCCCGAGGUUUCCCACAAGGACUUUGCCUGCUGGUUACCUUGGGCGGCGCGGGAGCGAUGGACCCAGAGGGGCAAGUUGACUCUGAGUCUGCCACUCGGCCUCGCUCUCGUUCUCCCCCUCCGGGCUUCCUUGCAUCUACAAUGACGUCACCACCGGGACAGUUCGAUGCUGUCCCACUCGAUGCCCUGCUCACGGGAGAUGACCCUAGCGUGUCAGUUGUCCAGCUUUGGUGCCCUUUUGCGGGGGUCAGCGCACCUACAGCUGUCAGCCUGGCCUCGUUUUGGCAACAGGUGGAGACUCUCGCCACCGUUCACUCGCCCAUAGGGUCCACUGGAGCCAAUGUCUGUAACCCCCCCGUCAGACAAGGGACGCUCCAGUUAGUUACCAGAGCUCCUGAAGAGUUCGUCACUGUCCUGGUGGAAGGACUGGGGCAAAUCUUCGCCAUGAUGCUGCCGGCAGUUAUCACGUAUGAUGCCCUGAAGACCACAAUGACUAUCCGCGUUGGUGUACCGGUCAAAAUUGGGGCACCGCUCCCAUGCCUUAUCUCCGGCAACGCUGAUUUUAAGCUCUACCUACGUAACGGGGAUCGGUUGACGAUAGGAUUGGCUUCCUCUCACCCCUUACGGUUGGACCUUUGCUGCCCGUGGUUUUCCACGUGGGUUGAGGCCGGUGUCGCUGCGAUCUGGCACGCCCCUUUCAAAGUGGCAGAAGCAGGCGAGGUCGUUCUGUGGACCCCGGACCAGGCGCCCACCGUCGUCACCAUUCCGGCCUCCAGCGAAUGGGAUCCACGUGGUCUCACAAUCCGAAGUCCAGGCAGUGGGGCAUUGAAUGGCCGCUGGGUUCCCGCGCCGGUCCGGCCCAGCCGACGACCGUGGCUACUGCGCAGGGCCCCUCGACGGUUCUCCCGCACCAUCCUGUUCUCAGGCCAUACUCUGAGCUGCACCCAUGUUAACCCCGCGCAGGCCGCUGCUCAGUUGGAGGCCGGUGCCUAUGUGGUUUCCUCGGGAAUGAACAGUAAUGGCCCACCCGUCCCUGACCCUGAUCUCCGGGACGGUGAUUGGCUUGCAGAUGGCGCUACGGGCAGGGCAGGUCCUCGGCCACUGCUGUCUCCAAUUAUCUUCGUACUUGUAGCUGCAAGUGGAACACUGCGGCUGUCGCGCUCCCUGUGGAUUCCGGUCCUGUGUAUCUCCUUCAGUUAUGUCCUGUGCGGUGCAGGCCUGCUUGGACAGGACCUACCGACCGGCAACGCCCGCCCUUCCGCCGCCUCCCUGUUCAGCGCUGGUCUUGGGGCUGGCCAUUUGUACCCAUAUCACCGGACGCGGGUUCCUUGCCCAUCGCCUCUCAAUUGUUAUCUUGCUGCCUGGGGGGCCCCGGCGCCUUCCACCCGCCUCCGCCGAGAGGAUACGGGAGCUGUUUACCGGGAUAUGACCGAUGUUGCCGCCCUGCAGGUCGGUAUUCUCAACGCCUGGGGCGCACCGCUGCACACGCUCAUGCCAGGCAAUGGUCACGCCGCCAAGAUGUGGCAAGCCUUCCCUAGUUGGCCAGGGGGGUUCCCGACGCUCUUCUUGUCUCCACGGACGGCUCGGGACAAGGGGAUGGCUAAAUGGUACCCAAUUCCGCCGGACCAAAGACACCCUUCCUUUGCCUCCUUUCAUGCAGAAAUGGCUGCGCUGUAUGCAGCCGCAGCAUGGAUCAGCACCUACUGCAGUCUGCACGAGAUGUGGUGCAGCUCGCGCCCUGCCUCUGUGACCAUAGCGGUGGACAACACUGCGGCCUUGGGCAUCGCGGCGGGACAGGCCACUGCCCAGACUGCGGCGGCAAAAUCGUUGAGGUGCCUUUGGCAAUUAGUUCAGGCUAAGCAUAGCACCAGGUUCUGCCACACUCCAGGGCACACAGGAGUCUUCGUCAACGAGGUUGUCGACACACUUGCCGGACUGGCAUCACAAGGGCUGGAAUGGAACCACCUCCCCCGACUCACGGCGGCAUCGCUCUCCCUUGCCAUGGACGAGCACGGCCCCUGGCUAUGGGCCCUCCAUAGAUGCACGAUGCUGGCAGGCACGCCGUGGCUACAGCUUAGCGCAGGAGACGAACCACUGCCCACAGAACCGAAGGAGGCCAAGGAGGCUCCUGUUGCUGCUCCGCCGGAGCAUGAUCCCCAGUCGGUUACGUCCCUGCCGAUCGUCCUUGUCUCUGCCAACGUUCAAACCAUUAAAGAUGACAAGAGGCACUUCUUCUCCGCUGCCGCAGGGGGACAGCGCAGAGCUUUUCUGGUUCGUCAAGCUGAUUCGCUGGGACUUGAUGUCCUCUGCCUGCAAGAAUGCCGUAGCAACCCGGGACGGUACUCAUCCGGGCCCUUUCUCACAUGGCGGAGCGGCCAUGAAAAGGGACAGUAUGGAGUGGAGGUCUGGUUUCGCCGCAUGUGGCAAGGACACCACCUUCAGCUGCAAGACUGGAGGAUUUUGUCAGCCUCACCGCGCUGGCUGCUGGUUCGCUGUCUUAGACCAGAUGUUCCGCUGGCCAUUCUCUCAGCACACGCACCACAUGCGGAGCGGCCCGAACAGGAAAUCCAUCAAUUUUGGGCAGCGAUUCGGCACGCACUGCAUCCGCUGCCACCUCAUACCACUCUGAUCGUGGGCAUUGAUGCCAAUGCGGACUUCACUGCGCCAGACGCAGAGCAUCGGCUCAUAGGGGAUCUUACUGACAGCAGGCCACCUAGAGAGGGUGAUGUAGAGCUGCUGUCAUUUGUGCAAGACCACCACUUGGAGGCGCCUGCUACAUGGAGUUCCAUUCACCAGGGACCCACCUGGACGUGGCAGCAUUCCUCUGGGAAACAGCGCAGGCAUGAUCACAUUCUGGUUGCCGCUGGCCACAUCACAGUGGACGAGUCCAAGCGCCUCCCUGAGUUUGACAUCGUCAACAGCACUCUGGACCACGCGACCGCCACGCACAUUGCCCCAGAGGUUUGGGCAGGCUUCAAGUACCCGGGCGGUCCACAUAGGGCCACCCUAGCCCUCGCAUCCCGCUAUCACCGCCUGGCCAGCCGGCAUCGGCAAGCCAGUGGCAUCAUCCCGCGGCAGCCGUACAUCUCUGACGAAGCGGUUCAGGUCCUCACAGAGCUGAAAGCCGAUCGCAAGAUCCUUCGUCAACAGGCUCGGACCUGCACCCUCAAUCAGCUCCAUUUGGCCUUCAAGGCUUGGGCGGCCCGCUCUGCCCCUAUUGAGCACAUCCGCGUCGGCAUCCGGAUCGGACAUCGAGCCUAUGCCAGGACGUGGCUCCGAGUCCUUCGGGCGCGCGAGCAUGCUCACUUCUUGGCGAGAAGGGACAAGGCAGAGCACUUCCGCAAACUUACUGCCACGGCGACCGAGUUUUGGCUCGACACAGGCCGUGCGAUGGAAGCCACCCAUCGGCUCAAAUGGGCCUCUAGGAAGGCCGCAGAGCGGCGUAAGGUUUUUGCGGCGGGAGGCCACGAUAUUGAUGCAGACCUGCUACUCCAAUUUCAGCGCCAGGAGGCCGGCAGUCGAGUCACGAAACAAGGGUUGAACAUCAAUGCCGACGCCAAAAGCUCCACAAAGCACCCGGGCCGGGAGCCGCUCCAUUUUAAAGCUGCUAUUGUGUGUGCCUUGCACAAAAAGGGACCUGCCAGCGUCCCGGCCAACUACCGAUCUAUCGCGCUUCUCAACGGCAUUGCCAAGGUCUGGCAUGGACAGGUCCGGGAUUCCUUAGGUCAGGAAGUACUUGCUGCCUAUCACCCUCUCCAGCUGGGAGGGCGUCGAGGAGUACACACAGGCUUCGCGGUGUCUGUGUUCAGGUCUCUGACGGCCCUCAGCGACUACGCUAACCGCUCUUGGUUCGCUCUGUUCUUGGAUGUCCAAGCGGCGUAUUAUGAAGCUGAUCGGGACCUCCUCUUCGGCUGUCACGCUGCGGAUGACCGACAACUCCGCGCGACCUCCCUCGCAUCAGGUCUCCUUCGAGAUGGGGUCCUACGCAGGCGGGGCAUGGCGAAGGAAGCGGUGUGUCUGCUCGAAGAUUGCGUACGGUGCUCGCACUGGACUCUCGCGGGGCACGAUGCCAUCAUCCUGGCUGGACGCGGCAGCAGGCCAGGCGACGGACUGGCAGAUGUCCUUUUCGGAGCGAUAUUCGCUCAAAUCCUCGACGAUGUUGAACAGCAGCUUGCUGCACAAGGCAUCGGGCACCACUCGGCGGUCGAAGCUGUUGGGGGUAUUUGCCGCCCAUUCCAGGUCGCUUGGGCAGACGACCUCUCGGUGCUUACUGAUGCCGACUCGGCUGAGGAGCUCGAAGCCAUUGUUCCUGUUGUCACACGCACCAUUGUUGACACUGCUGAAUCGUAUCGUCUUCGUGUCAACUUGGGUGCCGGCAAGUCGGAAGGGCUGCUGCUCCUGCGAGGUCCAGGGGCACGCGAAGCGCGAGGCAGGCUCUUCUUGCCUCAGUCGCAGGUGACGUUUGCACCGGGGCGGACCCUGCGCAUUGUGGCUGAGUAUAAAUACUUGGGGGUGCCGCAGACAGCGCCGGACAAUGGCAGGAGAGAUGCUGAAGCCUCCGUUCAACGGGGGCAAGCUGCUUGGGCCCAGGCCCAUGGACUUAUGCGUUCCCCGACCUUGCCUUUUGCCGUUAAACUUGCGUGGUUCACUGGCCGGGUGCUGCCCGCUGCCUACUCCAGCCUUUCGACUGCCCUCGUGACCUCAGGGCGGGUUUGGUCGAUCUAUCAGGGCUUUUUCGACCGCUGCCAACGGGCCCUGGUCUCCUCGUGGCAGGUCUCUCAUCAUCUUACCCGCGAAGCCUUGGACAUUUUGGUCCAAGCGACGACACCUGCUGUUGCUGUGGUAGUUGCCAGAGCACGCCUAACUGUGCAGAUUGCCACCUCAGCACCCCCUGCAGUCCUUGACUUGGUCGAAGCCUGUUGUGAACGGGAUCUCCCAUGGACUAACCUCCUGCGAGACUCUCUCACCCAAGUGGGUCGGUUGUCGGGUCUUACUGAAGCCCAGCUCCAGGACAGUCCCAUGCGUGUUGCGCGUGCUCACUGCCGGCUCCUUCGGGGAGCCUGCAAACGCAUGGGCCGUUACGGCUCUUGCCUGAUGGCCUUUCAGAGGGUCUGGCGGACCAGGGCCACCCACACUUCUACCGGCACCAUCGGUACCCCACAGCCUGUCUCCUGCCCUGAAUGCGGUUGGACCGGACGGUCACAACAGGCGCUUGCGGCCCAUCGCCACCGCAAGCAAGGGAUCCUGGCCCGGGCCACGGCCCUUUGUGAUGGCACGACUUGCAGUUGGUGCUUGCGAGACUUCCAUUCGUCGGACCGCCUCAAGUACCACAUCUCCACUACCCCUGCCUGCCGCUUGUCCUUGGAGAUCUCUGUUGGACCGCAUCACACCUACGGCUCUGGGUCCAAGCGUCGGGGCCCACAACAGCAUCGACGGCUGCCGCCCUUGCGUAUCAGUGGCCCCAUCAACGCUACGCCUGCAGAGCGCGAGGCAGCCACAAACGGCCAACCAUGGGCACCAGAUGCCCUGCAACAGGAGUGGGACAAGUUACUCAGCCAGUCGCUCGGUGAGGGGCCCGCCGGCCCACCGAGUGACCAAGUCUGCCCUCAACCGACAAUGCCUGCUCCAGUCGCCGCUCCCUCGACCACCCCUGCCCCUGUCCUUCUGGCCUUCACUUUGGCUGUGGAUUCGAGCCUGCCCUCGCCAUGGUGGCCAGGUUUGUGUCGGCGACCUGCUUGCUGGCGGUUUCCGCCAGUGUGGAAUCAACUGGCGGCCUUCUGGCAUAUUCUCGCCACCUCUGAGUGGGCUGGGCCACGUCUGCUCUCUCAAUUCCGCACUGCAACUCGGCUGCUCGACAACGGCGCCGAUGUCCCGGCAUUCUGCCCGUCUACGGGCAGCCCUUUUGCCUCCGGCUCCGAGCUUCUGCUCCGUCACACCUUGUCCCUCCUUCAUCUGGGCAAGUUUGUCGGCCUGGGCCACUGCUUGUGUUCUGAGCAGCCACCUGGGCUGCAGCUUCGUGCUGUGCUUCUGCACCUUUGCCCGAAUGCCGCUUGGCUGCUCCUGGCCUCUCAGCAGCGACCGGUUGGCGCUUGCAGCGCCGCACCAGCUUUCUGCGUCGUCCUGAGGGACGCGGAGAACGAGAAAGAGGAGGAGGAGGAGGAGGAGAAAGAGGAGAAAGAGGAGGAGGAGGAGGAGGAGGAGGAAAAGGAGGAGGAGGAGGAGGAGGAGGAGGAGGACAGCGAGCUUGAUGACACGGAUAAUAACGAUGACUCAGAGAUGAACAUGAUGAAGCAGAAUAAGAUGAUGAUGAUGAUGAUGAUGAUGCUGUGGAUUACGAUAUUGCUGAUGCUAGUGCAAACGACCCAUCAUAAGCAUCAUGCUUAG